AUGUCUGACCUUACGCCUCUAUUCAAGCAAUGUGUCAGUAUAGUCCAAGAUAAAUUUGGUGAUUCUAUUAAAGAAGAUUAUGAUCUAAAACAAUCUAGAAAUAAUGAUUCUGAAGAUCGCUAUAUCAUUAAAGACACAUUUAUCAAAGAAUGCAUUGAAUUUCACAAAUUUUUGGGGAACUUGCAAGCAUUUAUAAAUGAAAUAAAAUCUCCAUACUUGUCAAUUAGUGAUGAAUCUAGUUAUGGGCAAGCGAACGAUUCAUUGAGUAUUGAUGAUAAAAACAAAAUAGACGAAGAAUUACAGUUUAAAAUUCAACAAUUGUACGAAAAAUUGAAGCUUUUACAAACAUACGAACAAAAAAGACAAUCUGCUUUUCCUAAGUCUCCCACUGGUUGGAUCGGAAGUGUAUUUGGCAGCGAUGAACAAGAUGAUAAGGAACUCUUUCAUACUACCAUAAGUUCCCAUAGAACGCAAAUAUUGAGAUCCCUAAACGACCUAACUAACUAUGUAAGCAAAAGCUUUGAAUCUUUGCAAAGACAAAGAUAUGGAAGAGAAAAGCAAGUUAAUUUACUUAAUUUUCAAAACUUGGAAGAAGAUAUGGAUUUGAAUUAUUACGAGUCUAACGGUGGAAUGAGCUUAAUGAAUGAAUCAGAACAGCUCGAUGAACUGUGGGAUAUAAAACAAGAUGAUGACGUACAGAAUCAGCAAUUGACGCAAGAACAAAUUCAAGAACUAGAUUCUGAGAAUCAAGAGUUCUUAAAUUUGAAAACCAAUCAAUUAAAACAAGUUGAAAGCUUACAUCAUUCUAUGAUAGAUAUAGUAAAUCUUCAAGCUGAGUUAUCAUACCAAUUAGAAACUCAAUCUGAUCAAAUAAACAAUUUAAUGGAUAGUCAAUCGCAAGUAGAAAUUGACGUUAGGCUGGGAAACAGAAACUUGGACAAGGCUACGAAUAGGAAUAAGAAGGGCUCCAGUAUCAUAAUAUCUACGUGUAUUACUUUUGGCGUAUUGCUAUUGUUUCUAGAUUAUAUAUCUUGA